ACAAACAGGAUAGGCUAACUUUGAUGGGGGCCUUCGAUUUUUCAUCGCUUUUAUUUGUGAAUUUUAGUGGAUUGUGACAGACAAUUACAGUCUAGAGCUAAAUGAGUUUUUUCUGAGAUAUUCAGACAUCAAAUACAGGUAAAAUGCUAUCAGCUCUGAAAGAAUAUCCAUUUUUUAAAAAACUUGAAGCUGAAGAUCGUGAGAGGCUCCAGAGUUUUCUUGAGGAAAACCUCAUAAUUGAUAUGGCUACAGCAGACUCUUUUGGGAUAAUGAAGACGACACAAAGGGCCUAUGUAAUAGAAAACCAUAAAAUGUACCUGAAAUGUCAAGAGUAUUGUAAAAGACGAGUCCAUGAAAGAGACAAAAACCCAAUAAUUGGCGAGAUAACGAACCGAGAAGAUCCAACAGAUGAGGAGCACCUGGAUGAUAUCAUGGGCGUUAAUCCUCGUGAUGUUUUCAUGUCAAUAUACAAACAUCCCCUGGUGGAAAGACUCCCCCGUGAAUGGGAGGAGAAACCCGACGUAAAUUCCAGGAGGAAAAUUAAUGGACCAGAAAAAGUACCAUUCGUAGUAUUUCCAGAAAGGCACCUAUUGAAUCGAGCUGGGGAGGAUAAAUGGUUGGAAAAGAUUUUCCAGUCAAACUAUGAAUAUGCCAGAUCGUGUAUAGAGGUACUGGAACCGAUCAUGCAAAAAUUCGCAUCACGGCAUGCAAAAUUCAAAUAUUUUCACAUCAUAAAAAAUUUCAAUGAACUCGCCAAGCACAAGUUCAAAAUUGAAAUGCCUAGUAAACAAUUGAAAAAAUUCUUCUCGAUGGUGGCAGCUGUGGUGAUACCCCAAGAGUUAUUCGGAUCACUUCAUAAUUUCAAGACAAUCAGAACAGAGAUCUUUAAUUGGAUUAAUUCGAGACAAGAGUUCUUCCGUUUUGGCAGUAUCGUAGAGAAAUUGAAUUUAAAUGCUGUAGCUUGGCUGCAUGGUAUAGACAAUUGGACCCUGAAGGCCCUGAACAUGCGGUGUUUCCUAAAAUGGUUCUUCCUAGGUUAUAUCCAGACAAUCAUCGAUACUUAUUUCUACGAGGCUAAUUCAGGUCCAUCUAGUAAACGAGAAUUGAUUCCUGUCAAAGACUGGAUUCAAUAUCGUGAUAAUUUUGUCAGGGAGCUCGAAGCUACUGGAGUGUUUGAGAAGGCUUUCUACCAGGAGGGUGAUGCUAUUGCCCCAGCAUUUCUAAAAUUUCAGCUUAAGACUAAUGGGUUGAGACCUGUGUACAUAGGAAUGGGAACCCAUCAGCAGCGAGUGGAAUUGACUGUCCUGAAAGAAUUGCUCAGACAAUCCUGGACGGCAAAUUGUGGCAACUUUCAUGAACAUUGCUUGUACGAAUUCUGGAAAACAAUCGUUCAGUCUGUGAGAGGAAGACAGAAACCAUUGUACUUCGUGACGACAGAUAUAAUUGAUGCAUUUGGCUCGAUUAUCCAAGACAAACUACUGGACAUUUCGAAAAAACUUCUGGCUAAAGCCCCUGAUGCACUGAGGGUCCACUUGUUCCGUACGUUAGAUCCAACGCUGCCCUGGUCUAUCAAAGAUAAUUAUCAGAUAUUUGACAAGUCUCUACCACUUUUGCUUCCUUCUGGAACAAUCAGCUGCUGGUAUCCAACCGAUGCAAAGAACUAUAAACUUCCCAAGAUGAUUGAACUAUUAGAUAGUUAUGUGAAGAAUCAAACGGUGAUUACUGGUAGCAACGCUUACAGAUUAAAGCGUGGAGUAGGUCAGGGUAUAAUUACAUCUCCUAUACUGGCGAAUAUUUAUUACGGUUCCAUGGAAAGUGAAAUAUUUCAAGACUUUAAGAAAAAUGGAAAUUUGAUCAGAUACGUCGAUGAUUUUCUGUACGUAACGAAUGAUAAAGAAUCUGCAAAGAAAUUCCUAAAGCUAAUCAGAACAGGAAUUCCAGAGUACAACUGCUACUUCAAUCCUACAAAGACUCACACAAAUCUGGCACCCACGUGUGAGAGAAAAUUCAAGUUCCUGGGAUACGAAUUUGAUGUCACGACCUUGGAAGUUGCUCCUGAUUAUUCUCGUCCGAUAUCAAAGGAUACUAUCAGUACAGAUGUUGUUAAACAGCAUAAAGAAGAGAGAUCCUUCACAAACAGAUUGAAGCAUUUAAAGCACUUGAAACUGAAUCCCAUUGUCCUAAGCGUUCACGUCAACUCCCAUAAACGUAUAGAACAUACAUUAUCGGAUGCUAUCAGGCGUGCAGCUGGCAAAUGUCGUCUACUGAUAGUUCACAUGCUCGAUGCUGAACGCAUCAACAAUAAAAUGAUCUAUCGGGCCAUAAAUAAUUUUAUAAAUAAAAUUAAAAAACUUGUCAAUCGACGGUGUGGCAAAGGAAAUCGAGUGCUUUCUCUUCCGGAGAAGAAAAUGUGGUGGAUAUUCAUCAAGGAGUUCCAGAAGACUCCAAAAUUGAGUUUGAAACUGAUGAUAAAAUCCCUCCGUAGAUCACAGUCUCUCGUAGAUGUUAAAAAAAUUAUGAAUUCGUGAAAAUUUUCGGGGAUAUCUAAGGCAGAGGGCAGCGGGCCUCAAUCUCCCACUUUCCUAUAAAUUCGUAUUGAUCAUCAUUAUAUAUAACAUUAUUGCUCUACAAAAAAAUGAAACAAAUUACAAUAAAGUAA